AGCCUCGAGGCCUCGUACAAGAUCACUGAAGUGUCGACUUCGACAUCAUCAGCUGCCUGUCGUGACCUUGGAGCUACACAACCGUUAGCACAGCUCCCACGUUCGAUCCUCCGUUCGACCCUCGACCCGUCGUGCCACGCAUCCAACGCUUUCGUGCAACCCGCGAGAUCAAACAGAACUAUCUAUACUGCUCUGCUAGCCAUCCUUUCGUCUCUGCCUUUUCUCUGCAAAGUUUAACCCCUCAGACGUAUCAUACGCUGAUGUCGGUUGAUAUACGCACCUCUUGCCCCAGCCUCCGCUUCCCAUUUAGAAGCGACACUGUCUCUACUGCUCAGCUGUGUUCCGAGCAUACAGGCCAUUCUACAAGACCCCUUGAUCGAGGUUGAUCACAGAGUAGGUUGACCGACCAUGUUUGACCUUUCGACUAAAGUAAAAGAAAGGACCAAAGAAAGAAAAGAAAGAGUCAAAACCUAGAAACUGCUAAAUCCCCAAUCCUUUUCAGUAUGGCUCUUCCUAGUGCUGCUGUCCCCAUUCUGGACGCUGCCAUCAUCCACGAGAAACCCGCAAAGGUCGCCGCGACCACCCCGAACAAGGAUCAAGUCCGCGUCGUCGCUCCGCACGAGUACAAGCAGGCCGCCGCCUGUCUGGCCGAGGCGUUUCGACUUGACAACAUCGUCCGCUACGCCAUCGACACUCCGGACCGCAUGGAUAUGACGGAAGAGGAGCGCUUCGAGUUGCACAAAGCCUCCAUGGAGUAUGUCACCUAUGCUCACUGUCUCCAAGGACUGGUCUUGACGGUUGGUGAGGACUUUGAUUGCGUUGCUCUGUGGCUGCCACCAGGCAAGAACAUCGACGACUGGUUCACCAUCCUUCGCAGCGGCAUGUGGCGGUUGAGCUGGAAGCUGUCCAAGGAGGGAAACGUGCGAUUCUUCGAUGAGUUCUUGCCCCUGUUGCAUCACACUAAGCAGGAAAUCUUGGGGGAGAGGGACAACAAUUCCUGGUAUCUGAACUACAUAGGUACCAAGCCGGCGGCACGUGGCCGUGGUCAUGCCCGAAAGCUGAUUGAAUAUGUCACGAAGAUGGCCGAUACCGAAGGGCUGCCCUGCUACCUGGAGAGCUCGCACGACAUCAACAUCAUCAUCUAUGGCAAGUUGGGCUUUGAACUGCGCAAGCAUAUCUACUUGCAACGCGCUGCGGGCAAGGAGCUGAGGAUGGAUGUCAUGGUCAGGGAGCCGGUUGGUCUGGAGAAGAAGGAGGAGAAUGCCAACACCGAGCCAGUGAAGUCUGGUUGAAGAUGGACGAGGUGAUAAGUAAAAAGAGCAAUGAGGCAACAUUGAAGGGACUGGUGAAGCAAAUGAACAGGGCUGGGGUCCAAGAGACAGAAGUGGAUAUCACAUGGAAUAUCCAACUACUGCUACACUCGUUUAGACACACAAAUGCAAUAUCUGCACUCUGA